AUGCCAGCAGGUUCUACAGGCCUAUCCUCCGAGCGGCCCGUGAAGGGAGAAAGGGAAGUCGAGGCCUGGCUCCAGAGCGUUCGCAACGACUGGAAACCACUCCAGCGAGUCAGAACGACAACCCAUGAGAACAUAGAGGAAAAUCUGGACGAAUUUAUCGACUACCUGCAACCCCUAUGGUACAGUAAGCAUGGUCCUGAGGAUUCGAAAGUCGAAGCUCCACCCACGUUACUACGAGACGCCUUGUUCGAGAAACAAAGGAAACGGAAAACGUUGAGAAAGGAUAUCGACGCCUUGCAUGGGAAGAUUCCUCUGGCACGUCUUCUGCUGCUGGCCUGUACUGAACCUGGAGACGCUGUGAGCGCCAAAAUAACCACUGAUACGGAACGUGCCCGUGAUUUAAUGGACGCCUGGAAGCAAGAGUAUGAAGGCGGCGCCCUAGACAACUUCCUCAAAGCAAUGGAAUGGUACGAAAAGAACUACGACCCGGCGAUACAUUACGGACGCACCAUCGCCAUCUUGCAGUCGAGCGGAACAGGCAAGUCACGGCUGGUUGAUCAGCUUGCCUCUGUGCACCCUGUAUUCAGCGUGACUUUCCGUGCAUCGGACAGAGUGACGGAAGAUUGGCCGCCGAGAGAUCAUUUAGUUAUGGAGUUCUUCGAAUACUGCUCUCGAACCGAUGCUUCUCUCCCACCUGAGAUCACAGAUAUAAGGGGCGAGGAGAUGUGUGCCGCAUUCAUGGGGGCUUUGGUCGAAGCACUCGCUGAUGGGCGUGAUAUUUCGCCCCCCAAAGGCGUGAACUCGAGGUUCAGCUAUGGUCCCCCGGGUACCCCGGAGGCAGCUCGGCGAGAGGCGUUCUUCAAAGUCGUUUGUGACAGCGCGAAAACCACGCUUCAUAAACGGUCUGCGUUUCUUGCCGAGAAGCGUAGGUGGAUCCAGUCCCUUAGCCCAGAACCGAAAGAGGGCGCGACAGACAGCAAGCGCAAAGGGUACGACAAAGAGCUGUCUAAGAGCAGUUCUGAGUGGCAUGCCGAGCUCUUUGCAGAAUUUUGUCAGCCAGCAUUUGAACGUUUGAGCGCUAAACUUCACACUGCUGGCGAGACCAAGUUCUUUCUGGCUUUAGAUGAAUGCACUAUUCUCGGAGGAACGGCACCGGAUGAACGAGAACCAUCCCGAAAAUGCUCGUUGAUCGCCUUUCAACGUAUACUGAAAGCUGCGGAACAUAUGACGACGCCUGUAUCUUUCUGGUUCCUUACUCUCGAUAGAAGUCCUUCUGCAGGGAUGUUGGUUCCUUCCGGCCCUCUUGUUCCAUCGUCACGCCUUACCGCCAACCUUCAACCGCUUCCUCCGUUCACCUACACGGGCUUUAACCAACUUAGCCAUCGCCUUAGAACGGACAAGGCUUCCGCUUCAUUGGACAUCGAGAACCUGAGAUAUCUUGGUCGCCCGUUGUGGUCGUCGAUGGGAGCACCGUUGGUUGUGACUUUUGCGAAGAGGAAACUCCUAGCCGCACGGGAACUCCAUCCCGUAGAUUUGAGCCAAGUACUAGCAGUGUUUUCAUCCAGAGCAUGCCUCCAAUUAGCCAAGAACGACGCCGCGAACCGGAUUGCCGCCAACGCCGUCAGAUGCCACAUGCGUAUUCUCGUCUCCAUCGUGAAGACGACCCUAGUCACUUCUGUCCCCUCUGAACCUAUACUUUCCAUCGCCGCCGCGGUCGCCCUGACGAAGUCUCUCCAAGUAUACCACGACGCCCUCAAUACGUUAUGCACGGAGCUGGACCGCCAAAACUCUGUUCUCGCAGCUGGAGACGAGGGGGAGCUCUGCUGCCGCCUUCUUCUCCUCCUCGCUCGUGAUAUGACAACUAUCGAACGGCAUGGGUCAUUUGUGAAGGAGGAUACGACGGCCGGAACGUCGUAUAUCUAUGCAGUUGGGUUGCACGAUUUGUUAUCAACCCUGCUCGGCAAGAAACAUUAUGGAUUUGAGGCGAAGGAAGAGAAGGAGUUGACGGGAGAGCUUUGGUCGCGCUGCAAGGGCAAGUGGCUCAACUUCACCCACUUCAUCCAGUACGAAAAGACGAUCGAGGAGCUCACUUUGGAGGAGCUCGAGCGCGCCUGGUUCUCUGGCGCCGCCAUCCAAUGCUGCCAUAAUCAGCCGGUCGUCAACCUCCUCCUUCUUUACUAUGACGGACCUCCCAACGAGCCGUUCGAUGGCAAACGUAUCGGCCUAUUCUGCAUUCAGGUCAAAGCCAGGGCUCAGCAGGCUGACAGCACGAUUGGAGAUGGUUUGACCGUCCCACCCAUUCUUCACCCGAAUCCUUCCGGAUCAGAACCCACGAGGGUCAAGUGCCCGACAGUCGUCAUGCUCAUGGACCUGAGCACAAGUGUGGCGUUCCCGGAGAAUAGAAGAAGAAGACUUCUGGUAAAGAGAGUGGCAGAGAGGACGACGAAGUGGUCGGGAUAUGUCGAAGAGGAACCCGAGAACAUAUUGGUGAACGUUCGCGGAUGCUCGGCGUUGCAAUACCCAGUCCUUCAUGAUUUUUCGGAACCGUUUGGGAGAAUAAUUACCAUCAUGACCGAGCGUCAGCCACCGGGGAUUUUGGGCGAGCUAGAGGAGCGGAUGAAGGUUGCGAUGUACCCAUUCGAAAGGCUGACGGGAGUGAAAGAGGCUGAGAGGAGGACGAAGCAAUAG